AUGGUGCGGGUUACGGACGAGCUGGCGCUCUCGCCCGAGCACAUUGCUCUCUACCACGCCCCCGACCCUCUGCUGGGCCAGCUGCCCGUCCUCAUCUUCCACGGGCCCUCGACCACGGCCAACUACACGCUCAACAGCUCCCGCGUCCAGGUCCACGUCUUCACCCCCGCCGGCUUCCAGUCCUUCCCGCGCAUCACCAUCUCGCCCAGCUCCCCAUUCUACAGCGUCGUCAAUCACCUGCCGCGCGAGUUCCAGGGCGACGAGGUCUACCGUGGCCUGGCGUUUGGCCUGUUCCGCUACUUCAAGGAGCUGCCCGACAAUGUCAAGAACCACCUCAAGGCCGUCUACCCGCCCAAGGGGAAGCGCCCCGGCAGCGCCCCGACCCUCUUCAGCGAGCAACACGCCGCCGACCUGGUCAAGGAGAUGGUCAAGAGCGAAAACACCGUCGAUGUCGUUGCCACCCUGGACGAGGCCCUGCAGACCCAGCAUGUGAGCAACGUCGACAUUGACCUGAUCCUGCCGCCGGGGUCCAUAGUACCGCCCCCGCCGUCAGAGCUCGAGGACAUGCCCGAUGACGAGGACGACAUCAUCGACCCGACGCUGCGCCAGUACGGAGCCUAUACACCGCUCGUCAAGCUGUUUGGCGAGCCCGUCUUCCUACCCACCAGCAAGCUGCGGCGCGCGCCCUCCAAGCCCACGCCGCUGAACCGCAACAAGACCUUUACCAAGGACCAAAAGAUUGAGCUGCGCAUGAAGAUGGGCGAGCUCGUCGACACCGAGGAGCGCUACGUGCUCAAGGUGCAGGAGCUGGUCAAGACGGUGGCCAAUGACUUUCGAAACAAGUCAAAAACCCGAUCCCUCGAGAGUCUGAGCCCGUCCGAGGAGGAGCUGGAGAAGCUGUUCCCCAAGUCAUCAGACGGUAUUCUGCAGGUCAACUCGGCCUUUGUCGAAGAGCUGCGCAAGAUCAUGGAUGAGACAGAAGAGGACGCCGUCAAGGACAUGGAAUUUCCCACAAUGAACCUUUCGUCAUCGACAAAGGCGGGCAGCAAUCCCGUCCGGGUCAAGGAUCCGCUUGGCGCCUUGGCCAUGGCCAAGCUGUUCCUCGAGUGGUUCCCCAAGUUUACGCAGUGCUACCAGGACUACAUCAAGGCUAGCCAGCACUUCCCGACACUGCUGAAUUCCUUUUUGGACCAGCAGUCGAGUUUCCGACAGCGCGUGAGCCAGGCGGGCGAGCAGACCAUUCGCUCACUCCUCAUUGAGCCCGUCCAGAGGCUGCCGCGUUACAGCCUGCUGAUUGACCAGAUUAUCGCUUCGCUUCCCAUCACACACCCGGCGCUGCAGCCCAUGCUCAAGGCACGAGACAUCAUCACCAACAUCUGCUCCAUGGACGACCCCCUGCCGGACAAACCGCACGUCGCCAACCGACUUCGAAAUAUGGUCGAGGCGUGGCCCGCCGACCUUGAACCCCAGGGCCGCCUCAUCCUGGCCGCCGACUUUUUGGAGCUCUCGCCACCGUACCAGGCCACCGUCGACUCCGAUGACGCCGGCAUCUUCCUCUUGUUCUCCGAUUACAUAGUCAUGCUGAGGAAAUCGGGCGAUAAUAAUAUGACGGGCCGAGAUUUGUUGCGCGAGAUCGACAAGCCCUCGGCGGCUGAACUGCUCAUCUCCAUGACGAACGCAGCUGGUGGCCCGGGCCAUUACGAAUUCAUAUUUACCGGAUGGCAUCACCUUGCCGAUGUUCGCUUUACGGAAUCGGCAGAUGGCCACCUCGUCUGGAUGACGUCGAGCGCAGAGAUGAAGGGCAUGCACCCUGGUGAGCACAAGGUCCCCAAGGCCAUCACAUCGCGAUGCUUCUUGCUGCAGGAAUCCUUUGAGGGCAAAGCCGCAAAGUGGAGCGAAGACGUUGUCAAGGCUCGGAUCGAGGCGCGGUUUCCCGAGACGGAGAGGGAAGACCCUCGCUGGACUUUGCGCUCGGUCCGGAUGCCUGAGAACAACUUGGGACUGCACGCGGCGAUAUUCCAGGAGGGCGCCGAUCAACUCAUCGAGGGGCGACGGGAACCCGCUUUUAUCCGCGUGGUGGUGGACCACGAGAAGGGAACUAAGGGUGCUCCAGUCGGGCACUAUGGCGUCGAGGUUGUCAUUAAUGUGGCGAGCAAGAAUAUGAAGAGGAUCUCCCUGCUCACCGUGGGCCUCAACGGGAAGCAGUAUCAGGACGACGUGGCUCUGGAAGACUUGCUUCCAACCAUGUCAAGACGAAUGCUAACUCCCCGUUCAGUAAUGCAGCUCUUGAGUGUCCAGUUCAACGUUUCUAACCGAAAUCUCACGGCUCCCAUGGUUUCGUACAAUUCCAAAACGCUACGGACUCUAUGUCUAUCUAAUCGUGCAGAAAAGACCCGUUCCUUCUUAGCGGCGUCCCCCGUCAAGCUAUUCACAAGCCUAUGGAGUGGUGGCGGUUCCAACAACGCUUCCGAGACGACUCUUUCCGAAAUCAAGCACCAUAGCCAGGCCUCUAUCCAACGAGCGGACAGCCAUCAUUCCAUGUACGGUUCUAUCAGGGGUCGAGACAACUCGCGUCGGCCGUUGGAAGAGGUCAUGCCGGAAAAUCCACUUGUUCGGCUAGAGCAGACGUUUGAGGCCUUCACGACGGCACUUCAAUAUCGCAAGGGCUCUAUCCACGGCAGGACCUUGAUGCACCGCGCCAUGGCCGAUGAAUUGCUGGUGAACGACUUGUACAAUCGACUUAUUGAGAAUCCGUUCGAGGUGGAAGUGGCCAACGAUGUCGGAACUGAAGUCGUCUUCACGGCUUUUGAGAACUUUCUCCACAUUGCCUGGGCUGAACAGAUUGGGCCGGUAACGACGAUCAAGAUGCUCGACACCCUACAGGAGCGAGCCAACAAGAGGGUUCCGGGCGAGUUUGCCGAUUUUGUCAACUUCUUGUUCAAGGAGCUGGCUCCACAAAACCGGAGGGCUUUCACGGCUCUCAUCAAGCUGCUGGCCGAUCUCCUGGACGGCUGCAGCAACGAUAGCGAUCGCGGCGCGCUGACCUUGGCGUUUUCGGAGAUGCUAGUUACCGAUGGCACAGCGGCGAAUUACAUCAACCUGCUGGAUCGCCUGGUGGACGACUGUGAUAGGAUAUUUGGCGAGCCCACGUAUGCUGGCUUUAGUUUGGCCGACUUGGCUCUGAUCGAGUCGUUCCAGUCACGCGCAAACGGCGGCCCCGGCGGCGGUGUUGGCGGCGGCAACAAAUCCCACCAGGGAUCCGUGACCUCCAACACAUCGUCCCUGCGCCGCAAAUUCGGGUUGGACAUGCUGCUCCGGCAAAACUCCAACUCCAAGGAGGAGCGCAACUCUGUCUGGAGAACUCUGCGUCAACGGUCAAUAGACGACAACAAUAUUCAGAAGAGAUUUACACUGGGCAGGCCGGGAUCUGGAGACAGGGUCCACGUAGCUAGUGCCUUUGAGGAGCUGACCAGACCACCCAGCGCGCAUCGCGCAGAGUUCCCGCUCGAUACGAUUGGCGAGCCUGCUUCCGAACCGCCAACCCCCGGAUCACCCAGGAGACAUUACAAGAGGAGAAGCUCCCUGUCGGAUCUCCCGUCGCUGCUGGAGACUGAGAGCAUCCAAGAAGAGAGAGAAGCCGAGGAGAGGGAAAAUGCGCUACAGCCUCUGCAAAACACAAAGGAAACAUCGGAAAGGGUCAACGGCAGCCCCAAUGUGAUCCCCACCCCGAACAUACUCUUGAGUCCCGACUCAUCACUACUUAAAUCACCUCGACAAAAGGAAAACAUUGCCUCGGCGGACAUUUACGGCAGCGCGAUGCGUGGGAAUUCACCGACCAGACAAGAUCCGCCCCCGUACAGGAGGCCGAAGCCGACGCACACCAAGACGCUAUCGACGUCAAAUAUCCCCACGCUGCUGCCGCCGAAGCCCAUCCGGCCCGGAAGCUCGUCUGGCGAAUCACCGAGUCGACAGCCCAAUAUCAGCCCGAUACGGUCUGGGGCGCAGAAGCUCCGGCUUCAAUCCCCGCAAAAGCUACGGGAGAGAUUACAGACGGAGAAGACUGCCGUGGGCGAAGCGGACGCCAUGCUGCAGUCGGAACUGUUCAAGAUUGGAGAGGAAAUGGCACGAGUGAAUGGUGAUAGCUUGUCCGAUUCCCAGGCAGCCAACCUCCAGCUGUUGGCUUCCUCGGUAGCCUCGCUGGAGGACCGCAUGCCCGGUGUGAUGCAGGAGCUGCGCGAUAGACAGGAUGAGCUGCAGCGAGACGUGGAAAUUACCCUCAAGACAACCGAAUCCAAGAUGCGGUCAAUUGACCAGCUACACAAGGAGGCCGUGGCAGAGAACGAGCUGCUAUACGAACGGUUCAAUACCGAGCUCGCAAAGAUUGUCAAGGCGCUCAAGGGCAAGGGCAAAGAAGACAAGGAGGAGCUGAUUGUCAAGCUCAAGACACAAGGAGAAGAGCUUGCCAAGAUGAAGAAGGAGAACGCGCGACUGAAGCGCGAGAUGAUUAGCCUACGGGCGGCGCUGAAGGGGACAGAAUAA